GGUGUCGACAACCUGAGGAGGCUCCUCCCCAACAACAGUUCCCGAACCCCGACGAGAAUUCAAGCUGCCACAUUGAAGAAGAGCAAAAAGACAACCUGACAGCGGUUUCUCCCCUUUCUCCGGGGUAGUCACGGGAUUUCAAUGUUCAUCCUGCUCUUUGGUUUCUGUGUUGACUUGAGCCGUACCUAUAUGGCGUGUGUGAGCGGAGAAUUUUGCCAGGCACAGCACCUCACCUCUGUGGAGAAGUGAAUCGGCCGCCCCCCAAGGGACUACGCGACCCAAAAACCACCCUGAUUGCCAGCACAAUAGGAACUGCUGACUCUUCCGAAGGCCCUUGGGAUAUUGCGUAGUCCUUGGUCCGACUGCCCUGCUCAGUCCCAACAAUACGAAAAAUCUUUGCUUUCCACUUUCUCCUUGAACAGCCAAUCACAAACAGCUCUCCUGAAUGGGCCGUCUCGCCAACAUGAACCGCCCCGCUGCAGUCGAGAUUGCCUACGAGUGCAUGAGGUUCCUCAUCACCCACAACCCCACCAAUGCAACGCUUAACAAGUUCACAGAGGAGCUGAAAAAGUUUGAAGUGAACACGCUGGUGAGAGUUUGUGAUGCCACAUAUGAUAAAGCUCCAGUAGAGAAGGAGGGGAUACAGGUCCUGGACUGGCCCUUUGAUGAUGGUGCCCCUCCUCCCACCCAGAUUGUGGACGACUGGCUCAAGCUGCUCAACACCAAGUUUCGAGAGGAACCUGGCUGCUGCAUUGCUGUGCAUUGUGUGGCAGGGCUUGGCCGAGCUCCAGUCUUGGUGGCCUUAGCCCUCAUUGAGUCUGGGAUGAAGUAUGAGGAUGCUGUGCAGUUCAUAAGGCAGAAGAGACGUGGAGCCUUCAACUCCAAACAGCUUCUUUACCUCGAGAAAUACAGACCGAAAAUGCGUCUGCGGUUCAAAGAUACCAACGGCCACAACUGCUGUGUGCAGUAGGCUGCCUGUCAGUGCAUCUUAUGUGCAACUAGUAGGGAAUCUUCCAACAAGGGGAGAUUUAAACAAAAUGGAGAGAGUGCUACCAGUAAUUAUUGUGAUGAUUUGUCAACACUGAGUUAUGGUUAAUUGAUCAAAGAGCAAGCAAAUGAUCGAAUGCAUAAAUCCAGAUCUGGGGAUCCACCAGCCAAGCCAAUGAACGGAAAGUCAAAGCACACAGAUGGGCCCGCCUCCCGGUUAUACUGUUCAACCACGGGCCAGAUUUUUUUGAGUCCAUCCUGCCCCCUCAAAAAUGUAAUCAUGGGAUAGCAUUUUCCUUUUUGUGAAUUUUUAUUUUUACUCAAUGGUGAUAAACGCGUAACGUUAAAUGAGAUGCAGAUUUUUAUUUCUGUUAAUUGUUGAUAUAUAAUUGGGCAAGAAUAAUGUAACUUUUAAACAUUUUUAAACGCAUUGUUACUGGCCAUUUUUGGUAUUUGAUCUUUUUUUGGCACAAAAACUCAAAAGGUUCACCUGAAAAUGCAGUACCCUGUUUACCUUCACUUGCUUAAAGAUACAUUCAGUUUAGGGGUUCACGUAGUUUAAAUAUGUCUGCAGUAUUUAUUCACAAGAUAUGCUAUGUGUGGCAGGUAUGAGUUUGGCAGGGGUAAGGACACUUUAUCCUUUUUUUGUUUAGAUUUUUUUUUUUUAAUCCUUCAAGAGCCAUGUUGUUUUGUUUUUUUUUUUUUUUUGUUUUAAAUGAAUCAUCUUGUUGGAGUGCAAUAAUCAGUCCACCUCAGCCCACCAAACCCUGCUGAGCAUUCUAUAUGCACGCACACACACAUACAUAUACUCAUUCAACAAUUAAACAGGAAAAAACAUCUACUACAGGUACUUCUCCUGCUUUCAUCAGUUCUCCCUAACGGGGCUGAAAUAGGACUUCCCUAAAUACACAUAUUUAAACUCGUGCACACAGAGCCUAAGAUCCAAUUUGAGAGAUAAGGUGGAGAAGAAUGGGAAAUGGUCAGUUUUUUAUCAUUGUACCCAUUUUGAAAACAUCGCUAAUUCGUAUUGGUUCUUUAAAGAUAAAUAAAUUGAAAUAAAAAGCA